AUGGACAAGGGUAUUCCACAACUCGCUUAUGUUGAUGUUAUUGUCAGCACUAUUGGGGCGAUUGCCGUGGCGUAUAGUUGUUUCUCAAUAGCAGUCAUGUUGACGCUACGUAGGUGUUACAUCUACUUGGGUAGCCUGAUUUUCUCUAGCGUCUUAAUCCGGAUUUGGUUGCACUUUGCUUCCAUCGUCUUUGGUGGCUAUACAGCUUUUUGGGAGAUUAAGCUUUACCUUUUGGCCAUCAUUUAUAUUGUUGGCGUAGUGGUGUACAGCCAGGUGAUGAUUGAGCAAGCUGAUCAAUUUCGGGAUAUUGACUAUGUGGAUCAUGUUCUUGACAUUAGUGUUUAUUUUGCUGGUAUCCUCAUCGUAAUUGUCCUUAUGUUGCUGAGGAAAGCAUCGAAAUAUGGAAAGGGAAAGAAGAAGAAGUUGAAUUGA